UAGAAAUAAGUACAACAAAUUCGAUAAUCGAUAAAUUGUUAGGGGCCGGGCUGGUAGCAGUUGUUCCAUAACUAACUGAUUUUUUGGCUUUGUGUAGCUUAAAUGCACAUUCAUCUGCUGGCUGUUCAGACACUUGGAAGUCGUAGUAGACUUGGGCAGCAAAAUUCAACUAAAAUUAUACUGAAGGCUUUGACAAUCGAAUCUGAAAACCCGGUUAAGAUGGAUAAUGGAAAAAUCCGCGAUUUUGCUAAUGCGAAGGGGGGCACAACUGAGUCAAUCUCAACUGAUGGCAACACCGCGCGCACGAUCAAGUCAAAGAGAAUGGAUGGAAGGGCACCGUUGGAUAUGACACCAGGUACCGGGGCGGCACUGAGCCCUCUGUCCAUAUGCGUCGAAGAUCUAACAGAUGAGCAAGUAGGCAAUGCUGCACCCGACAUAUUGCAGCACCAGCCAGUGGAUGAGCAGGAGGAGGGCGGCAAUCAGCAACCGUCUGGCGGUGAGUCAGAGCAGGCAGCGGCUCCAUCAGCUGAUGACAGUGGCAAUGGUCAGGCUCAGGAGCAGCCGAGCAAGAAGGGCUGCGACAAGUGUGGCAAGAAAUUUGGUCUGACCGGCGGAUUCCCUUGCCGUUGCGGUGGCACCUAUUGUGCAUUCCAUCGCUAUAGCGAUCGCCAUGAAUGCACCUUCGACUAUCGUGAAAUGGGCGCCACCGAGAUACGCCGCGAUAAUCCAGUUGUUGCGCCUGAGAAACUCCGCAAGCUUUAACAAGAGAGAGCAACUGAACGCCGGCUUGGCCCUUCCAUAAAUUGCAGUUGUUAUUGUUCUUUUAUCAUUAACACAGUCUUUGGCAUGAGCUGAACCAAUCUGCAUUCACCACUUAAAAGCACACACAGAAGGAACCAAGUGAGCGCAG